AUGUGGAGUGCAAGUCCCAGCCGGGUCGGAACUGAGAUGAAAGGGAAAAGAAAGGAUGGAAAGGAAAGGAAAGGAAAAGAAAAAAUAGAAAGACUGAAGUCAGGAAGCAGAAGAGGGGGUGACUCCAAGGUGUUUGGCCUGAGCGGUUGGAUACAUGGUGAUACCGGGAGCUCCAGCGGGUUUACGCCGGAAUCCAUACCAAAAGGAUCGUGCGGUUCCCGGGAAGGACCAACGCGGUUCCUGGGGAGAUCGUGCCGGAGCUCCUCGGGGGCCCGUGCGCCCCCAGCCCCCGUUCCUCGCCCUGCCCUGCUCGGUCCCGUGUCCCAGAGGCGGCCUGGCACCGGCACGGCCCGGGUUCCGGGGUCGGCCGGCUGCCGAAGGGGGUUGGCCGCCGGACGGGAACGUGGGGAGAAGGGAAGCACCGGGCCCUUGCGCCCCCGUCGUCUCUCUCCGCCCGGGGCGGCCCCGCUGCUCCCGCGCGGCGGCCGCCUCUCUUCCGCGGCUCCGGCGCCGGGCCGGGCGCGGUUCCGGGACCGCGUCUUCCGCCACGUCUCUCCCCGGGACUCUGGCUGUUACCCACACGUCGGGUCGUCCGGUCCUCCCGGCUCGGCCCCGCGAGGGCGCCCGCGGGCCCGGGUGGGAAGCGGACACCGCGCACGACCCGCCCCGGGCGGCCUCACGGGCCCCGGGCGCUCCCCUCGGGCUUCGCCCGCUCCCGACCGCCGCGCUCCCGGGCCAGACGCGCCCGCCGUCCGCGUGGAGGAGUUUUCACGCCGCCUGCGGGCUCCCCCUUCAGGGCCCGGCCCCGAGCCGCACGCGGCCUCCCCGGAGCCGCUCGGCGGCGCCCCGGCCGCCCAGCCCGCCGCCUCGGCCCGACGUGCGCCUGCCGAGCAACGCGGCUGCGCCGACCGCGUCCCACCUCCGGGCCGGGCCGGGCACGCCGUCCCGCUCGCCGCUCACCCCGCUCUCCUGGAAGGCUUCUCCUCGGCCUGCGAAACCUGCUUCCGCGGUCCCGGCCGGGGCGGGGGGCGUUUCCGGCGGGUUCCCUCCCCAGGCCCGGGCCCGAACGCCCGCGUCGCUGCUGCCACUCGGGUUCUGCCGGACCAGACCACAGCCCGCGGCACCGUCGUCCGUGCUCGUCCCCCGUCCCAAACCGCCAGCUCCCCGGAGGUGGGGGCCAGUCGCGCGCCGCGGGCACCGGUGACCCUCCGUGACUCUUCGUCGCACGCUGGCCGCGGGUUUGCGGCGACCGCAGGCAAGGGCCUUAGGUCUCCCCGUCUGGUUACGAGCCUCUUAGGGGGACCCCUCGAGCGGUCUGUUGGAACCCACCCGAGGGUGUUUAUCAGGCAGGAGGAACCCGACAUAAUGAUGGAACAUCCUGUGACCGGGGACAAAAGCCCAGAUGCUAAGGCCAACGGCAGGGAAAACUACAGCGGAGUCCCCGAGGGCAUCACUGAGCACUAGAACCAAGGCCGACAGCUGCCUAUGUAUCCACUUCUCAAGCGAGAGAAAAACAGUCUUUGUUAAAAUUAUUAACCGAUUGGGGCGCCUGGGCGGCUCCGUCGGUUGAGCACACGACUUCGCCUCAGGUCAUGAUCUCACGGUUUGUGGGUUCGAGCCCCGCG